CCAGGUGAAAAUGGAGUUGCUGUUAGUGGCUGCAGCUCAGUUAUAAAUUGCUGCUGCCUUUCUUCCUCGCAGCCUCCAAGACUGUCUUCCGUGCCUCUCACUCCUCAACUGUAUCUUCCCUGUAUCACCUCAGUUCGAUUCAAUAAGGACACAAGAUCACUCAAAAUGAGAUUCUCACUUCUUGCCUUCGUUGCCCUUACGGCCACUGCCAUUGCGCAGGAGGAUCCUGGCCCAUCCCCCACCGAGUCUAUUGGCUGUGAGCCUCACGGUGAUCACUGGCACUGCGAUGCCCCAGUCACAUCAACCCUCGUCACAACAACCUCAGAGGCUUCUGAAGAAGACACGUCGGUGACCCCAGGCCCAUCUCCUACGGAGUCCAUCGGCUGCGAGCCCCACGGCGACCACUGGCACUGCGAAGCCGCCGCCACAAACGUCGACGAGGAAGACGAGUCCGUCACACCGGGUCCCUCCCCGACCGAGUCCGUCGGCUGUGAGCCUCACGGCGACCACUGGCACUGCGAUGCCGCUGCCACAACCACCGACUCCGACGAGGAGAGCAGCUCCAUUACACCCCCUCCCUCGCCUACCGAGUCCGUUGGCUGCGAGCCCCACGGCGACCAUUGGCACUGCGAUGGGCCCCGUGAAACCGACGAGGCCAGCGAGAGUGCCAGCGAGAGUGCCAGCCCGACUGAGGAGGGUGCUGCUGAGGAGACUGGUGAUGAUGAGGGCGCGGCUGGCAUCGUUGGCGUCAGUUUGAGUGCUGUUGUCGCUCUUGCUGUUGGUGUCGCUGCUGCCCUGCUCUAGUCUAGUUUUAGUGUAUGAUAAUGGGAUAAAAUGGGGGAUAUGUUUUUCUAGUAAAUAAUGCCGGAUAGCAAUGAAUGAAUUUGCUUACAGUAAU